CAAAAGAGUUUAAUUAUUAUAUAUAUUAAAAGUUAAAAAAUCUCGUGAUAUUACACUAGUAAAUUAUAUAAUUAAGCUGAUUAGCUUAAUCUCAUAUAUAAGUCCUACGUCGUUGAACCAUGAAGGCCCAAUCAUUUUAGUCCACAAGCCCAGAUAUAAAAAUCACUUUUAGAAGCUCACAAAGAAAAAGCCCAGAAAACUUAUGACUUUAUUCAAAAGACAUUAAUAUUCUUCCAUUGAUUCCAAAUUUACAUGUGAAUGCCACUCAAUACCCAAGAGAUUGAAAACUUGUUUUGCAAUCUCAUUUGUAAAUUUGGGAUCAGUUCAUCAUCAUCUGUUCACUUUUUCUUUGUCCCAUCAAUCAAUUCAAAGAUCAUACGAUACAAUUUUGUAGAGAAGAAUGGCAGAUAAAUCAAAACCUAGGAUGUUAACAAUAUAUUUAUAUGUACCUAAUAUCAUUGGGUACAUUAGAGUAUUAAUGAAUUGCUUUGCGUUUGCAAUAUGCUUUUCUCAUAAAGGUGUUUUCUCCGUUCUAUAUUUUGUAAGCUUUGUAUGUGAUGGUAUAGAUGGCUGGUUUGCUCGUAAACUCAAUCAAGUCUCAACUUUUGGUGCUGUUUUGGACAUGGUGACAGAUAGGAUAAGCACAGCUUGUCUCCUAGUUUUACUUUCCCAAAUUUACCGACCUGGCUUGGUUUUCUUAUCAUUACUUGCGUUGGAUAUUGCAAGUCAUUGGUUCCAAAUGUACAGUACUUUCUUGUCGGGAAAGGUUAGCCAUAAAGAUGUUAAAGAUAGCUCGAGCUGGCUCUUCAGGUUAUAUUACGGGAACAGAAUGUUUAUGGCAUUCUGUUGUGUCUCGUGUGAGGUUCUUUACAUAAUCCUUUUUCUCCUUGCGAAGAGCCAGAAUGAAGAUUUGCUUAAUGUUAUAGUUUCUUCUGGAAGACAGAGUUUGGCUCUCUUUAUUCUAGAAGCUCUGGCUCUAUUUGGAUGGGCGGUUAAACAAGCCGUCAAUGUAAUACAGCUAAAGACCGCAGCAGAUGCAUGUGUUCUGCAUGACAUAAACUUGAAGCAGAAGUCAUAAAUCGGUCACAUUUCAUAUGCUCCAAUCUUCUAAAUACUCUCAUUUGAGCGUGAUGAUGCGAACAACUGAACGGGGACUAUCGUCUUAUCAGGAAUGCUAACAUGAACUUUUUUCGUUUCUACACGAACAACUUUCCUUCAUUGCCAAUAGGACUUUCGAGAUUUACCAUGAAGAGUGUGCUUGUGGACAAGAACCUUGGUCGAUUAUUAGUUUGAUGCUAAUGUAAUGUUCUCAUGUUAUGGUAAUUAGUGGUCAUAAAGAAAUUACACAACUUACACUUGUAUCACAUCUCAUGUUUCAGGAUCAUUCUUCAGAAGAAUUUAGGCAUUUCAACCAUAAA